UGUUAGAACAAUGGAAUGAACAAGGAAAAUACCCCCACACUAGUUAUCAGAUGACUAGAACCCGAAUCCGGGCGGAAGGCAGGCACCAUGUCGUCCUCCAACGACGCCACCCUGAGCCCUCGAUCCCAGCUGGCGCUGAGCUGCUUCGAGGAGCUCCUGGACUGCGCGGUGGCGGACGUGGCGUCGGAGUGCCACCGCAUCGCGCGCCUCGGCCUGGACCGCAGCGUCGACGCCGAGGAGGAGGAGCUCCGCGUCUGGGCCGCGCGCGCAGCCGCCGGAGACCUCCACCCCGGGUCCGGGGCCGGCGGGGGCGGCGAGGAGGGCGGCGGGAGCAAGGGGGUGAUGGACGUGUUUGGCCAGACGCACCCGGCCAUCGCCGCCGACGUCGUCGAGUGCAUGAACUGCGGCCGCCCCGUUGUCGCUGGCCGCUUCGCCCCGCACCUCGAGAAGUGCAUGGGCAAGGGCCGAAAAGCGAGGACGAAAACCACAAGAAGCAGUACAGCUGGGCGGACCAGAAACAACAACGGUAGCGUGGCUUCUUCCUACUCCCCAUACCGUGACACAGCAAACAAUAACAGGGCAAGCGUUCCUAAUGGCACGAUUGACGGUGGCGGUGGCACGGGAGAGGUCUAAAGCAGCCAUGCGUUGCAGGAGUCCUGACUUCUGUGCUAGCCUUGACAUGGGUGGCAUGAUGCACAUUUCGUUGAUAAAUGUGGUUUGCGACUGUGAGUGCCACGCUGGUGUUCAGUGAACAUGAGAAGCCAUGCGUUAGGGUUGAAUCCUCUGUGAAUUAGGAUGGAAAACCUAUCGAGAAGGUCACCUGCUGUCUUGUUGAUAAAUGAUUUCGGCCUUUUGUACAGCUUGCUUCUUUCAGCAUUCAGUAGCUACACUUCAUUCAGGCAAGUCUUUGACAUCCGGUGACUGGCAGUUAUUAUAUAUACAGCAUCACUAGCAACUUUUGGAGA